UGGUUGGUCUCGACGUGUUAUCUCAACGAUGAUUGGUCGAAGGCGGCGUGGCCUCUUGUUGUGUUUAUGAUAUUGUUGACAAGUGGGAGUUGCUCUGUCAAAUAACUUUAGAAUAUAAGUAGUCAUUGAUAAACCGUCGAGAAUGGUCUAUCUUCACUUUCCUAGCAACAUGACGGAGGAGGAGCAGAUGCUUCAGGCGAAGUAUCAGAAAUUAAGACGAAAGAAAAAGGCACUGCAAGCUCUGAAAGCACCGAAGCAAGAACCAGAACCACUAGUGCCUCUGAAGCGGCCAAUGGAAGCAAAGGAUGCCAAGGAAAUGGCUAAGAAAUUGAUAAAAUCAGGGGCUAUCAAAGUACCCGAGCGACCUCAGCCAGCCACAGAGAAGACAACUUUCAAAAGAUCUAUGGGAUUGGAGAGAAAGCUAUCUGCUGCAGAUAAGGCUCCCUCAGGAUAUCAGCCAUUUUCUACCUCGCAUCCAGAAGAAGAGAUCCAUGAGUCAAGGCAGAAGUCAAAGCAAACUGUUUACAAAUUUUACACAGAAGGGGACUGGAAAUUAAAAAGGAAGAGGGAUGCAGCAUAG